AUGGAAGAGAAAGAGCUAGCACCCGCAGCGUUCCGCAUCCCGGAGUCAAAAAAUAUGGACUUCGGUCUCACGGUAGUCACUUUGCAUAUCGGUGUCACCGAUCCUGGCACGACCUUCAUGGUUCACGAGAACAUUCUUCGCGCACGAUCAGUCUACUGGGAAGCAAUCUUCUCCAAAUACAGCCAAAAAUUCUACACUCUAGAUGACGUCGAUGCGAAGACAUUCGGGCUCUACGAUCAACUCUUCUACCCCGGUCGAAUUCCUAGCAAACCCGCCUUUGGAGGUUUUCACGACGAUACCGAGUAUGGCCAUCUCUGCAAACUCUACCUCUUCACAUACAAGUACAAAGAUCUGGAAGCGCAAAACAUUGUCGUAGAUGCCCUUUGCGCAAGAUCUCAAGAGUCAGAUUUAUUCGGCAAAGCCGCUACGCAGGAGGUCCGCGAUGCUAGUCUACCAUCGCGUCAAUGUGUCGAGCUUAUCUACAAGAGCACAGGACAGAGGCUAGGUGCGCGUCGCUUACUGAUUGACUUGUAUGCGUAG